AUGCUCACUUCCAGAAUCUCCACUCCCGACCCAUCUUCAUCUUCCCAAAAAUCGGGAUGCCAUUGGUUUGGAACUGCUCCAUUCUGCUAUCAGACAUGUCCAUCUGACUAUGAUUUCAUCCGACAACACUCUGGAAGAUGUGCUGAUGGAACUGCGUGUAUUCCUGAUUCCAGUUUCGGGGAACCGUGUAUUAAACUCUUUUCGUAUCAGAUGACGAAGAAGUUUUGUUGCAAAAGUGACCCAGUGGACUGUUCAUGGUCUGGACGAUGGAUGGGAUCGGAGGACGCCUUCAAUUUCUACUGUCGUUUCGAUCCGGAUCAGGGAAAAUGUGGAAAAUUGGAGUGCUCUGUGAAUCAUCCGCUGUUCAAAGCACAUAAUUCAUCGUUUAUUGCUGAAACUGUUUUCAUUUUAUCUGCAGAAGGCGAAAACUGUGAUGAACUUCGAAUGUGGAAUCUGCGUGGAAAGGCUUCUUGUGGAUAUAUUGCGUGGUUUGAGAGAGGAGAAUAUCGGAAUGGAUGGUACAAGACAUUCUAA